GAGAAGACCAGCGGCCAGGCCGAAGGACUGCCGCCAUGGCCAAACUUCCCUUCGGGGACUUAUAUGAUUUCUCUUCCGAAGAAGUCCAGCAGCUGCUUCACAAUAAAUUUGUCGUGAUUUUAGGUGAUUCCAUUCAGCGAACGAUUUACAAGGACCUGGUGUGCUUUCUCCAGAGCGGAAGACUGCUCACCCGUUCCGAGCUGAAAGUGAAAGGUGGAGAGACCUUCAAGGGGGACCACCGAGUGGAAUUUGAAGGCCUACACAGGGAGACCAAUUACCGGGAGGUGCGCCAGUACCGAACGGACCACCACCUCGUGCGUUUCUACUUCAUCACCCGCAUUUGCUCGGACUACAUGGAAAGUAUCCUGGAAGACUUUAAGGCCGACCCGGCACCAGAUGUCGUUAUCCUGAAUUCCUGUCUCUGGGACCUCAAUAGAUACCUCGAUCGCUCUGCCAAUGAACCUCCCCUACAGAAGGCCUUCAGGGAGUACCGGAGUAACCUGCAAACGCUGUUCAAGAAGUUGCACGACAUCCUGCCAACGUCGUCCCUUAUCAUUUGGAACACCGCCAUGCCAGUCGGCAAGGAAGUCGAGAAGGCGUAUCUCAAGCCAGGGAUCAUUGAUAAGGAUGUUGAACCCCUCGAUGAGAAGCGCAAAGCUUAUUGA